UUUUGAUGAACUAAAACAGUUUCAGCAUGACAUUGAUAACUUCAAAAAACUGGAAAAAAAGAAUAUUUCAGAGUCAACCUUUUGCAGCAUUUUUCGAGACAUUGUGGAUGUGAUACUUUAUAAUACAAAUAUAGAGAUUGAUGAUGGGUAGAUAGUAUCGAAAGCAAGCAGAAGAAUGGCCAUUAUAAAUGAGUACGACAAAACAGAGUUUGGGCGAACAAUUGACGUGCUGAUACAUCAAACGCAUUAUGAACAUGAAAUUGAAUUAUGUGGGAUAGAGUUCAAAACUCAGGCAGCUAAUGAUACCUUAUUGCAAUAUCAACAGUCAAAAAAUAUCCGUACUAACGCUACUAUGCUGAACGACAACAUAGGAAUCACAAAAGACAGACCAAAGAACAUGAGUCAUGAAACAGUAUUGUUUGAUCUGAGCUUAGGUCCCUGGUGUCUAUUUCAGUGGAUCAAAGACGAUUUGAAUCCUUUGUCAAGGUUAUAAAAAUAACUAUUUUAGAAAUGAUAUGAUGUCUUAUAAUUGAUAUAUCUAGACGAUUGGAUGUCAAUAAGUUUUAUAUUAUUUACAAGAUGUUAUAUACAACGUUUUAU